AGCAAGCCUCGUCAUCCCAGCAGGCGCUCACACACGCACCUGCUUUCCCUUCCCUCCCGCACAAAUGGAAAUAAGGCGCCCGUAGCUGAGGAGCAGCUCUCUGUCGUCCGUUGCAGAAGGAGGGAGGAGGAUUGCGAAAAGGAAAGGCGCGGGAGGCGGAGCUUCUUCGGCCCCGGCGUCUGCCGCUGCUAGGUGCAGCAGGGCUUGUGUGUAUCUUGCUGUCGCCGGGGUGGGAUUGUUAUCCGCGGUUACCAGGGAGCCUGCCAGGGGCUUCCCGUCAGCUCCUGAGCCCUGAGAGACAGGCGGGAGGCGGCGGCGGAGGUCCUGCAGUCGUUUCCAGAGGGCAGCUUGGAGGAGGCGCAGCCGGAGGAGCAGCAAAAAGCAGCAGCGGCUACGACUUGAGAUCUCUUGAAAGAGAGCAGCUCUAAAUCACUGUCAUUUUAGAGAGCUGUACUUUUGUUGAUUGACAAACUGCAGUGAUUUACCAAAGCUUGGCACAUGAUGCUGCAACUAAAAAUGUUUUGCAAAAAGAAAUGAUUGAAAACCUACAACUUAAGGUGGAUUUUUGACAUACGGAAGGAUUUUUGCUGCACAGCAACAAUGGCCUCCUCAAGACCGGUGUCAAGAACACCCCGGGACAUUACUGGUGUCAUGCAGAGGCUCCAAGAUGAGCAAGAAUCAGUGCAAAAGAGGACUUUCACAAAAUGGAUCAACACACAUCUGGCCAAGCGCAAUCCUCCAAUGUUAGUCAAUGAUCUAUUUGAAGAUAUCAAAGAAGGGAUAGUACUGAUUGCCCUAUUGGAAGUUCUCUCAGGACAAAAACUGCCUUGUGAACAGGGACGAAAACUGAAGAGAAUUCAUGGAGUAGCCAACAUUGGCAUAGCCCUUAAGUUUCUGGAAGGACGGCGGUCCGUCUACAGAGGAUCACCGAUUAAGCUUGUCAACAUUAACUCAACUGAUAUUGCUGAUGGUAGACCUUCUAUUGUGCUGGGAUUGAUAUGGACUAUAAUUCUAUAUUUUCAGAUUGAAGAACUUACAAGCAAUCUCCCACAGCUGCAAUCUCUCUCUAAUAGUAGCUCAUCUGUGGACAGUGUUGUCAGUUCUGAGACUGCCAGUCCACCAUCCAAGCGGAAGGUGGUGACCAAAGUCCAAGGGAAUGCAAAAAAGGCUUUGCUAAAAUGGGUGCAAUACACAGCAGCAAGGCAAGUCGGAAUUGAAGUCAAGGAUUUUGGACGAAGCUGGAGGAGUGGUGUUGCCUUUCAUUCAGUUAUUCAUGCUAUCCGUCCAGAACUAGUAGACUUGGAGAAAGUGAAAACAAGAACUAACAAGGAAAAUCUGGAAGAGGCCUUUACAAUUGCAGAGUCAGAACUGGGAAUCCCAAGGCUCCUUGAUCCUGAAGAUGUGGAUGUGGAUAAGCCAGAUGAAAAAUCAGUUAUGACCUAUGUAGCGCAGUUCCUGAAACACUACCCAGAUCUUCAUAAUGCAGCCACUGACUCACAGGAGACUGAUAAGCCACUUCAAGCAAUUUCAUCUUUUGCUAUUUCUAAAUCUAAAUACAAGAAAGAGGACAGACUAAUGUUAAGAGACCUGAAAGUUUGGGUGGAACAAUUUGAAAGAGAUUUGACAAGAGCACAAAUGAUGGAAGCAAGCUUACAAGAGAAAUACCAGUCAUUUAAACAUUUCAGAGUACAAUAUGAAGUAAAAAAGAAACAGAUUGAAACUGCAGUCCAGUCUCUAAGGAAGGAUGGCAAACUGUCACUCGAUCAAGCUUUAGUGAAGCAGGCAUGGGACAGAGUUACUUCCCGACUCUUUGAAUGGCACCUGCAUCUUGACAAAUCUCUUCCUGUGCCUCUGGGCACUAUUGGUGCCUGGCUAUAUAGAGCAGAGACUGCUCUUAAAGAAGAAAUCAUCAUACAGCAAGCUCAUGAGGAAACAGCAAACUUGAUACAUAGGAAGCUUGAACAACAUAAGGAUGUGCUUAAAAAUGUAGAUGGCUACAAAAAGACAUUCCAGGAGAUCCACAGAGCUCGAUCUGUCAAUGGAGUCCCUGUUCCACCAGAGCAACUAGAUGAUAUGGCAGAGAGGUUUCAUUUUGUUAUCUCUACAUCUGAGUUCCAUCUACUGAAAAUGGAGUUCUUGGAACUGAAGUACCGUCUGCUAUCGCUCUUGGUCCUUGCAGAAUCCAAAUUAAAAUCAUGGAUUAUCAAAUAUGGAAGAAGAGAGUCUGUUGAGCUACUACUUCAAAACUAUAUGACUGUCAUUGAAAACAACAAAUUUUUUGAACAGUAUGAAGUUACAUACCAAAUUUUGAAAAAGGCAGCUGAGAUGUAUGCCAAAGCUAAUGGUUCACCGGAAGAAAUAGAGAGUGUGAUGAGAUUUAUGAAUGAGACAACUACUCAGUGGAGGCACUUGUCAGUAGAGGUGAGAAGUGUAAAGAGCAUGUUAGAAGAAGUUAUCACUAACUGGGACCGAUACAGCAGCACAGUGGCCAGUCUGCAGGCUUGGCUGGAAGAUGCUGAAAAAAUGCUAAAUCAGCCUGAACAUGCCAAAAAGGAUUUCUUCCGACAUUUACCACACUGGAUACAGCAGCAUGUUGCUAUGAAUGAUGCUGGCAAUUUUCUAAUUGAAACCUGUGAUGAAACUAUUUCCAGAGAUUUAAAACAACAGCUGCUGUUGUUGAAUGGACGAUGGAGAGAGUUAUUUAUGCAAGUUAAGCAAUAUGCUCGAGCAGAUGAAUUAGACAGAAUGAGGAAGGAAUAUCUGGACGGUGUUGCUGUCUUGUCUGCUUUCACUGAAGAAGCAAAGAGGAAACUUUGUGUACCUUUAGAAGUGUCCUUUCUAAAUGUGAAGAUGUUUGUGCAAGAAAUGGAGGAUAUUAAACAAAAAGUGCCUGUGAUGGAAGCUCAAUACAAGACAGUUACAAGGACAGCACAGCUUGUUACCAGGGAAAUUCCACAAGAAGAAGUCAACGAAAUGCUUGCAGCCAUGUCUAGAAUUAAAGGACAUCUCAGCAAGGUUAAUGAGUCUUGCCCAGUUGUGCUCUAUGAAUCUCAGCAGCUUCUACCUUUCCUGGAAGAAUUAGAGAAACAAAUUACAAAUUUUUAUGAAUCUCUAGAAAAGAUCAAUGAAAUUAUUUCUGUCUUAGACCCUGAAGUACAGCCUGCAGAUGUUUUUAAGCAACAACAUCAGGAUCUGGUAGCUUAUCAGGAGCAUUGCAAGAAAGCAUUGACACAAAUUGAGAGAAAUAGUCAGACCAUUAUGAAGUUUGUGGUUACAAGUAAGGUGUUACAAUACUUGAAUUUGUCAGUACUUCAAAAGAAAGUCACAGAAAUUCAAGCUGCUUUUCAGAAUAUGACCAUGAAGACAGGUGAUUGGAAGAAAAAUGUAGAAGCAAAUAAUCGUUUGAUGAAGAAAUUUGAAGAAUCUAGAGCAGAGUUAGAAGAUGUUCUGCAGAUUGCUCAUUGCUGUCUAAAGGAAAAAGGAGAUCCUGAAGAACUUCUCAGGAAACAUACUGAGUUUUUCAGCCAGUUGGACCAGAGAGUGUUAAAUGCUUUCCUGAAAGCUUGUGAUGAACUUACUGACAUCCUUCCUGAGCAAGAACAACAUGGUCUACAGGAAGCUGUUAGGAAACUACACAAGCAAUGGAAGGAUCUCCAGUCGGAAGCACCAUACCACUUGCUUCACCUAAAGAUAGAAGUGGAAAAGAAAAAAUUCCUAGCAACAGUACAAGAAUGUUAUGCUGAACUAGCUCGACAGCAAGAGCUGAUUUCCAAGGAAAGCAGUGAGAAGAUAAUUAGAGAGCACAAGUUGUUCUUUGGUGAUAAAGGGCCCAUACAGCUGUGCGAGAAAAGACUACAUCUGAUUGAAGGGUUGUGCAUGAAACUACCAGAACGGGACCCACGUAAAGCAACCGCUGAAUGUAGCCAAAAAACUCUCAGUGAACUUAAAUCCCAGGUUUCUAGUAUGUACACAAAGCUAACAGACUACCCAGAUAAAUGGAAAGACUACAAGAAGAGAUUUUCUGAAUUACAAAACUGGAUUUCAUCAAGGGAUAUCCACCUUAAGAAGAUUAAGCAAGCUGCUUCUGAUACUGCUAAAUGUAAACACUUCAGAACAUCAGCCGAGGAAAUCAGGCAAGAAGCUUGCAAGCAUGAGGAAACUAUCACCUGGUUGAAAUCUAGGCUUACUGCUCUGUCUGAGGUUUCUUCUGAGGAUGACGCCAAAAAGCAAGGGGACGAGCUUUCUAAACUGUCUAGUGAUUUUAAGAGACUCUUAGCUUUAUUGGCAGAGAUCGAGAAGACUUUGAGUGCUGUCAGUGAUUGUGUGCAGUACACAGAAGAAGUGAAAGGCAACUUGGAAGAACUAAUCACAAGCUCAAAAGAAGCACAGGCAGAAGUUGAAAAAAUCUUAGAUAUGGAAAGUUUGAUACAGGCUCAGCAACUCCUGCGACAUCAUCAGCAAAGGUCAAAGAAGCUCCAUGUAAAGAGGCAAGAUGUGCAACAGCAGAUUGCCCGAGGCAAACAGCUACAGAUUGAAGGUGGUUUUUCUCCCACUGUGCAAGAAGACCUGUGGAACCUGGACAGUACAUUAGAAAACAUGCAGCAAUCUAUGGAUAAACGUGGAGAUCAAUUACAGGUCACAGUGAACACAUGGGAACAAUUUGAAAAAGACAAAGAAACAGUCAUAAAAUAUCUUAGUCAAGCAAGCUCUGCCCUGGAACGCAUCUUAAGUUUUAGCAGUUUAGAGAGCUUGUCAUCGGAACUAGAAAAAACAAAAGAACUUUCUAAACAGACAGUAGCCAUGGCUAUAGAAGCUGAGAAUCUUGUCAAGGAGUCUUUUUCAAUACAGCUUGGUGCGAAGAGCAAACAAUCCCUUCAACAGCAAGCAAAGUCAAUCCAGGAACAAGUUAAAAAAGUGGAAGCUACCCUUGAAGAAGAUAUUAAAACCAUGGAAAUGGUGAAAAACAAGUGGGAUCAUUUUGGCAAAAAUUUUGAAGCUUUGUCCAUCUGGAUCACUGAAAAGGAAAAAGAGCUGGAUGCUUUGGAAACAACAUCAUCUUCCUUGGAAAUGCAAAUCAACCAAGUUAAGGUUAUUAUUAAAGAAAUAGAUGGCAAGAAAAAUGAAACCCAAAAUCUAGAAGAGGAUGCUCAGUUGUUCUCUCAAUACCUUACCUCUGGAGAAGCGGCACAUAUUAAAGCCAAGCUGACCCAGAUCAGAAGGUACUGGGAAGAACUCAGAGAUCGUGCACAGCAUCUGCAAGGAACAAUCACAGGAAAAGCUUCAGUGCAACAAAAAUACGAGGAAAACUUGACAAUGGUCCAACAGGACCUCUGCAAAUAUGAAGCCAAACUGGCAGAGCUGGAUACUUCAUGUUCUUCAUCAGCAGAAACUUACAAGGCCCUUCAAGAUCAUAUGGAAUUAUCUCAGGUUUUAGAAAAAAUGAACCAAACACUAGCCAAUCUGUCAUCUGCUGCUCACAAGGUCAUAAACAAAGAGAAAGCAGUUCAGGAUGUAUUAAAGCUUCAGCAAAAAUAUGACAAUGCCACACAUCGCACUAAAGAGAGACAAGCCUCAUUAGAGUCUCACCUAGCACAAUGGCAGAGACAGGAGAAGGAGCUAUCUACUUUCCUGACCUGGUUGGAGAGGUGUGAAGCAGCAGCCAGACCUUCAGAGCAUGUGUCUGCCGAUAGAGUCAGAGUAGAAAGUGAACUGCAGCUAGUUCAAACUAACAUAUGCUGUUUUGGUUCCCAGGAUUUGCAAGCUGAUGUUGCAUCCCAUGCAUCUCUGUAUGCCAGCAUAUUGCAGUUAAAUGAGUCACUAUUGAAAACAAGUUCUAAUGAAAGUGUGAAAGCAAUGAAAGAAGACAUGGAAGAGUUAGACCAAAGAUGGAAAGCUCUACCUCAGACAGUUAGCAAAAGGAUUAAUUUCCUCCAGUCCUUGGUUGCUGAACAUAGGAAAUUUGAUCAGCUACUCCUCAGUUUUUCUGACUGGAUUAAGCAAUGUCUUGGUAAACUCAAUGCUACAUCUGAGAUAAGUACAACUGAUCAGCAGAAAGCUAACGAUCACAACAAGGACCAGAAAAUGGAAGUGGAAGCGAAGUACAAAGAACUCCAGAAUCUGAAAAUUUGUGUUGAAAAGCUGUGUUCUUUCAGUCGGCCAGAGGAUCACAAUAUGUUCCAGAACAAGGCUGAAGACUGUCUCCAGCUCUAUCAGGAAGCCAGCCAAGUAAUUAGCCGCCGGCAAGAAGUUCUGCCCCAUCUCACAGCCUUCCUAGAACUUCAUGCUGCUGCAUCACAUGUCCUCCACCACUUAAGAGAGAUGGUAGAAACAACUGGAAAUAUAGACAAGUCUAAAUCUGAAGUGCUGGAGAAGGAACUGAGUGAGGUUAUUCAAGAUGUCAGCAAACUAGAAUCUACAGCAGCCAGUUUAGAUGCAUCCCUUACUAAAGCUCAGUAUCAUCUAAAACAUGGAAGCUCUGACCAAAGGACCUCCUGCAGAAAUAUUGCUGACAGUCUGUGCACAGAACUGGAAUCCACCCAAUCUUUGUUGGGAACUAAGCAGAGUGAAGCAGAAGCCCUUGGAGCUCUGUACAAGUCUGUCAUGGAGCGCAAAGAACAGCUUCUAAAAAGCAUUGAGGACCUUGAAGAAAGGGCUGACAAGGAAGGGCUGAAAGAACCAAGCCUUCAGGAAAUUCAACAAAGAUUAAGAAUUUUUAAUCAGUUGGAUGAUGAACUGAAUUCUCAUCAGCAUGAACUGAAAUGGCUGAUGAGCAAAACAAAGCAAAUAGCUCAAAAAGAUAUAAACCUCGCUCCAGAAGUUGACAAAGAGAUUAAUUGUUUGGAAGUCACCUGGGAAGAUACUAAGAAACUAAUACAGGAAAAACAGGAGCAGUGUUGUGUCCUUGUUGAUCUGAUGAGAGAAUAUCAGAUCCUGAGAUCCACAGUAACUAAAACCAUAGAGGUUGCUGGUGCUGCAACAAUGACCAAGGCCAUGUUAAAAGAUCAGGAAGAUGUCAGAUGGGCUUUAUCAAAGCAUGAAACAGCCAGGAACGAGCUGAAUGAUGGACAGAAAGAGCUUGAUGCCUUCACUAAUAAAGGAAAACACUUGCUGGUAGAGAUGAAAAAGAUUAAAAACUGUGAUCCCAUACUAGUGAAAACUGAUAUGGACGGUACUGUGGACAAAUGGCUAGAUGUUUCAGAGAAGCUUGAAGACAGCAUAGAUAGGCUGAGUGUCAGUGUGUCACUGUGGGAAGAUGUGCUAGGAAUCGGUGAUGAUAUUGAUGGGUGGUGCAAUAACUCCAUCUCACAGCUGAAUGAUAUCAUAAACAACCUGACCCUCAGCCAGGGAACUGAGGCCUUCCUGGAAGAAUUUCAGUCUCAAGUUAAGCAGAAAGAACAAAAUCUGGAGCAGAUCAGUUCAAAAGUAUCUGAGCUUAAAGAAUUGUUAAAUGCAGAAGAACUUCCCACAGAUAUUCAGUUUUUAGAAGCUGAUUUAAGGAAAAAACUGGUUCAUGCCAAAGACAUGUGUGAAAUAGGAAAAGAAACACUUAAAGAUUUCAAUGCUCAAAAGAAGCAAUUGCAGGACUUCAUUGAUCAGAUGGAAGACUGGCUUACCAAAAAGGAAGAAUCACUUUUAGACUGUACUCAUAGCCAGGAUCCCUCUGGUUUAAGUACAGUAAAGAAAAUUCAGAAGGAGCUUCAGCAACAGCAGAACAACUUUGAUUCUACACAGGAAACCCUCAACAGCCUCUGUCGCAAAUAUCCAUCCAUGGGGUUGGAGACUCUUGGGGGCACUGUCACCUCACUGAUAAAGAAGUAUGAAGCUGUCAACCAGAUAAGUUUGAAAAUACAGGCUUCCAUGCAGGAGUCCCUGGAAAAACACUUCUUCUUGUCUAUGUGUGAAUUCCAAAAUUGGUAUUCUAAUCUGAAGACUGCUGUAAAAGAUUUGAGUGUUACAUCUGGGGACAAUAAAGCCAUAGAAGCAAAACUCCAUGAAUUGCAGAAGGUGUUGGACUCUGUUGGCGAUGGGUGGAAAAAACUCAAGGCAGCCUCUGAGGAAGGAGAACAUUUGUGUUCUUAUCUACCCAAAUCAUCUGUGGGUUCUGUCCAGGAACAGAUAGCCAAAGCUCAUCAGGACUUUGAGGGAUUCCUGAAACAAUGCUUGAAAGAUAAACAAGCUCUGGAAGAAUGUGUUGCAGAGCUGGGCAGCUUUGAGGAUCUGUGCAAGAACCGAAGUCUGUGGCUCCAUGAAAUGGAGGAAAGGAUAAGCACAGAAGCCUUGGGUGAGCGUAAGCAGCACAUUCCGGAUAAGAAAAAUGAGGUACAGAAAGUGGAAGCAUUUCUGGAAGAACUUCUGGUUGAGAGAGAAUCUUUUGAUAUGCUUUCUCAGAAGGCACAGAUUUUAAAUGAGAAGGGAUAUAAUGCUGGAAGGGAGGUUCGUCUGGCUUCUCAGCAUUUUACUACCUAUCAAAACCUAGUCAGGACAGUCAAAGAAAAGCUGAGGGCAUCUCAAAUGGCCCUUCAGGAACACGAAGCUUUGGAAGAAGCUCUGCAGAAUAUGUGGACCUGGGUGAAAGAUGUGCAGGAAAAACUGGCCUCUGCAGAGGGCACGAUUGGGAGCAAAGUUAUCUUAGAGAAACGUCUCCUGCUAAUUCAGGAAAUCCUUUUGAUGAAAGGUGAGGGAGAGGUAAAGUUAAAUAUGGCCAUUGGUAAAGGUGAACAAGCCCUUAAAAGCAGUAAUGCAGAAGGGCAGAAGGUAAUACAGAACCAACUGCAGACGUUAAAAGGUCUAUGGAACAACAUUAUCAGUACCUCAAUGAGUUAUCAGAGCUUGCUGGAGUCUGUGAUUAAUCAAUGGAAUGACUAUCUUGAAAGGAAAAAUCAGCUAGAUCAGUGGUUGGAAUCUGUAGACCACAAGGUGGAACAGCCUUUAGAGCCUCAGAAUGGCUUGAAAGAGAAAUUUUCCCAGCUGGACUAUUUCCAGGCUCUUGUUGCAGAAGUGGAAGAUCAUACCAAUGACCUGCAACAGCUCAUAGGGAAAGCCAAAGGACUGCAUGAGAAAACAGACGAUGAUUCUUUCAGAGAAGUUAUUCAAGAAGAGCUGAAAACACAGUUCAGUGAUAUUACAACUGUGAUCAAGGAAAAAAUGAGAAAAGUAGAAGAUAUUGUCAAGGAUCAUUUACUGUAUCUUGAUGCAGUACAUGAAUUUACUGACUGGCUUCAUUCAGCAAAGGAAGAGCUUCAUCGGUGGUCAGAUGCAUCAGGGGAUUCAGCAGCCAUACAGAAAAAACUGGCCAAAAUUAAUGAGCUGAUAGAUUCCAGACAGACUGGUGAGAGCCGCCUAAACAGAGUUGAGACGCUGGCUCCUGCAGUGAAAAAGAACACAACUGUUCAGGGGUGCAAACACAUAGACACUGAAAUGCAGGCCCUUCAGUCCGACUGGAAGCAGUGGGAAGAGAGUGUUUUCCAAACUCGAAAUGGUUUGGAGGAGAUGGCUAGCCAAAUGGCCUUGUCAGAGCAGGAGUUUACCACACAGGCUGCUCAGCUGGAAGAGGCCCUGCAGCACUUCAGGACUUUGCUUGCAACCUUGUCUAAAAGACUGACCCCUCUGGAUAGUAAGCUGACAGACAAAGAGAUUGUGGAAUGCUGGCACCAAGAAAAGGAAACACUGGAUGUUUUAAUAAAGGCAGAGCAUAUGAGUGAUGAUAUCAAGACUCACUUAAAUGACCUUUGUCGGUUCUCCAAAGACUUGAGUACUUAUUCUGCAAAUGUAUCACAAUUAAUUACAGAAUACAAUAGCCUGUGUCUACAAGCGUCCAAGGGUUGCCAGAGUAAAGAGCAGGCCUUACAGCAGAGAUUCAGAACAGUCUUCAGAGACUUCCAGCAAUGGCUGGUGAAUUCAAAAAUCACUACUGCCAAAUGUUUUGAUGUGCCUCAAAAUGUCAAUGAAGCUGUGGCCAACAUACAGAAAAUACAGGAAUUCUUAUCUGAAACGGAAAAUGGCCAACAUAAAUUAAACAUGGUGGUGUCCAAAGGAGAGCUGUUAAGUUCUAUUUUGCUUAAAGAAAAGGCUAAGUCUAUCCAAGCUAAGGUUGCUACAGCUAAAGAAGACUGGAAAAAAUUUAUCUCCACACUGCACCAGAAAGAAACAGCUUUGGAGAACUUACAGAUCCAGAUGAAAGACUUUGAAGCUAGUGCUGAACCUCUUCAGAACUGGUUAAAUGAAACCAAAAACAUGGUGCAAGAAAGCAGUAAUCGCCUUCAUGAUUUCACAGCCAAAAAGAGAGAACAGCAGAAACUACAGUCUGUCCUUGAGGAAAUAAAAUGUCAUGAGCCUCAGCUCAACAGACUAAAAGAAAAAGCUCAGCAGCUUUGGGAAGAACAGGCUGCCAGCAAAAGCUUCAUGCACAGAGUUUCUCAGCUAUCUUCUCAAUAUCUUGCUCUGAGCAAUGUAACAAAGGAAAAGAUCUCCAGAAUGGACAGAAUUGUAGGAGAGCACCAACAGUUUUCUCAUGGUUUGAAAGAGCUCCAGGACUGGAUGGCAGAUGCAAUUCAGAUGCUAGAAUCUUACUGCCAUCCCACAUCAGACAAAAGUGUCCUUGACAGUAGAAUGGCAAAGCUGGAGGGACUGCUGUCAGUAAAACAGGAUAAAGAAAUCCAAAUGAAAAUGGUGCUGACACGAGGAGAGUCUGUUUUGCAAAAGACAUCUCUUGAAGGAGUGCCUGCUAUUGAACAACAAUUAAGAACACUUAAGGAAACCUGGGCUUCCCUCUUGUCUGCUUGUAUUCAUUGUAAAAGCCAUUUGGAAGGAGCCCUUUCAAAAUGGACAAGUUACCAGGAUGAUGUUCAGCAGUUUACUAUCUGGAUGGACAAAGUCGAAGCACUCAUGAAUGCUUCUGAAAGGCAGCGUGUAGAACUCAGAGAGAAAAAUUAUUCACUCAGCAAAGCUAAGUUACUUAAGGAAGAAGUGUUUAGUCACAGUACACUGCUGGAGACAGUUGAAGUUAAAGCCCUGAGCAUGACUGAACAUUAUGUAACGCAGCUUGAACUUCAGGAUCUUCGAGAGAGAUACCAAUUUCUUAAAGACAGGAUAAUGGAGGUAAUAACUAAAGCUGAGGAGCUGGUUCGCUUGCAUCAUGAAUACCAAAGAAAUCUGAAAGCUUUUGAAAUAUGGCUAGAAAAAGAACAGGAAGCACUUAACUGUUUAUCACAUCUUGAAGGUGAUCCAGAGAGACAUGAAGCAACACUCCGGGAACUCCAGGAAUUACAAGUGCGUUGUGCUGAGGGACAGGCAUUACUUAACACAAUACUCCAAGUCAGGGAAGAAGUGAUACCAUGGGGUAUACCCCAAUUGGAAGACAGAAUACUAGAGUCUGUACGUCAAGACUGGACUGUCUAUCAACGCAAACUUUCUGAGGUCAGGACACAGUUAAACACAACACUAAGCAGACUGAGGCUGAUGGAAAACAAAUUCAUGAAAAUGGAUGAUUGGCUCAAAACUCUGGAGGAGAAAGUUAAUAUCAGGACUAGCCGACAGUCUGACAGAGCCACAAAAGAGAUGCAACUGCAACAAAUGAAGAAAUGGCAUGAAGAAAUCACAAUCUAUAAAGAUGAAGUUGAAGAAGUUGGAUUGUUGGCCCAGCAAAUCCUAGAGGAGACUCAUACAUCUAGUAGGAUGGGUAGACAAGCUACCCACCUUGCCUCUCGGUUCCAAGCUCUCAUCCUUCAUGUACUGGAGCAAAUUAAAUUCCUUGAAGAAGAAGUUCGAAGUAUGGAGGAAUCUGAACUGGCUCUCGGUGUUUACAAAGAUUGGUUUGGAGCUACUCUCAGGAAAUUCAGAAAUGUGGCGACCAAGUCUGAUGUAGUAGAUAAAGCAGCAAUGGAGAAAAAAAUGCAAAAAAUUGAGGGUCUCAUGAGUGACAUGGAUGCUGGUCAUAAUCUGCUGAAAUCUGCCCGUGAGAAAGGGGAGAGAGCUAUUAAGUAUAUGGUGGGAAAUGAAUCUGAACUUCUGAAGAAAGAGAUCAGUGAUUGUGUGGAGCAACUUGAUGAGAUAAUCAGCUCUAUCAGAAAAGAGCACACAACCUUAGAGAAAUGUCUCCACUUAGCAAAGGAAUUCUUAGAUAAGUACAAAGUACAGACUCAAUGGCUGUCAGAGUACCAGAUCAUACUUCACACUCCAGUGGAUGCCAAAAUGGAAUUAUAUGAGAAAAAGGCACAAUUAUCCAAAUACAAGUCAAUCCAGCAGACUGUGCUAUCUCAUGAACCAUCAAUAAAAUCAGUAGUAGAAAAGGGAGAAUGUCUCCUUGAGUUGGUACAUGAUGUGAAUUUAGCUGAGAAUAUUCAGAAACUGCAAAGUGAAUACCAGGAGCUCUGCAACACAGCAAUGAUGCAAGUUGCAAGCUUGGAAGUGAAAGUAAAACAGCAUGAAGAGUACAACAGUGAUUUACAAGAGGUAGAAAAGUGGUUGUUACAGAUGUCUAGCAGGCUGGUUACCCCUGCUCUUAUGGAGAACAGUAAUCUAGAAGUUACAACACAACAAUUAGCCAACCACAAGGCAAUGAUGGAAGAGAUUGCUGGAUUUGAAGAUCGCCUGAACAGCCUAAAGAACAAAGGCAGUUACUUGAUCAAUGAGUGUGCAGAGCAUCUCCAAGCAAAAUUUAAACAAAAUACAGAAACCCAACUGCAGGGAACAAGGGAUAGCUAUUCAGCUAUAUGUAGCACAGCUCAGAGAGUGUAUCAGAGUUUGGAGCAUGAACUCCAGAAGCAUGUUAACCAUCAAGAUACUCUGCAGCAAUGUGAAGUUUGGCUCUCUGCAGUUCAGCCAAUGUUAAAGCCAGGUCCCCGGCCACCGUUCAGCUUGGCAGAUGCCAUUAAGCAGGUUAAACAUUUCAGAGCCCUACAGGAGCAAGCAAGUACCUAUUUGGAUCUUUUAUGCUCUAUGUGUGAUUUAUCAGAUGGCACAGUGAAGAAUACAGCGACGGACAUCCAACUAACAAAGCAAACGAUUGAAGAUCAGAUAAUGAACUCACAGUAUCUUGCUCAGGGCUGGGAAGAGAUAAAACAAAUGAAGGCAGAGCUUUGGAUAUAUUUCCAAGAUGCAGAUCAGCAACUAGAGAAUAUGAAGAGACGAGGGGCAGAGCUGGAACUAAACAUUGCUCAGAAUAUGGUUUUACAGGUGAAGGAGUUCAGUCAGAAGCUGCAGUCCAAGCAGGCAGCAUUGACUGCUGUGACUGAAAAGGUGAGCAAACUAACCCAAGGGCAGGAGUCACCUGAGCAUAAAGAAGUAGGACACUUGAGUAACCAUUGGCUGGACCUUUGCCUUCAAACAAGCAAUGUGCUCCUACACAGGGAGGAGGAUCUUCAGAGGACAAGGGAUUACCAUGAUCGUUUAAAUGUAGUAGAAGUCUUUUUGGAAAAAUUUACACAGGAAUGGGACAACUUGGCAAGAUCAGAUGCUGAAAGUACAACUACACAUCUUGAGGCUUUGAAAAAGCUAGCUUUGGCUCUGCAGGAGAGACGAUUUGCUCUUGAAGAUUUAAAAGAUCAAAAACAGAAAGUGGUAGAACAUCUGAAUCACGAUGACAGGGAACUAGUUAAAGAGCAGUCAGGACACUUUGAGCAGCGCUGGCUCCAGCUAGAGGACCUUAUUAAGAGAAAAAUCCAGCUGUCUGUCUCUACGUUGGAAGAGCUCAGUGUGGUGCAGGCCAAACUUCAGGAACUUACAGAGUGGGCAGAAGAACAGCAACCUAGCAUCUCUGAAGCUCUUAAACACAGUCCACCUCCUGAGUUGGCUCAAAACUUCCUCAUGGAUCAUCUCACCAUUUGCAGUGAGGUGGAAGCCAAGCAGCUUGUUCUGAAAGUGCUUAUAAAGGAUGCCGAUAGGGUGAUGACUAAUUUAGGACUUAAUGAAAGGCAGAUGCUUCAGAAGUGCCUCUCAGAUACCCAGAAUCAUGUGGAUUGCCUUAGUGAUCUGGUUGGGCAGAGGAGGCGGCACCUAAAUAAGGCAUUAUCUGAAAAAACUCAGUUCCUCUUAGCAGCCUCUCAGGCAAUAAAUCACAUCCAGCAACAUGAGAAAAAGGUAAAGUCCCAUGAACACAUCUGUUUGCUACCAGAAGAUGUGAGCAAACAGAUCAGGACUUGUAAGAGCACACAAACCAGCCUCAAGGCUUAUCAGAGUGAAAUCUCCAGACUGUGGCUUCAAGGGAGAGAUCUGAUGAAGGACACAACAGAACAAGAGAAGAGUGAGGUGCUGGAUAAACUGCAAGAGCUGCAGAACACAUACGAUACACUUUUGCAGAAAUGUAAUCAAUGGCUAGUAGAACUGGAGAAACAUAUGGUUUCUAGGAAAUAUUUCAAGGAAGAUUUGGAUAAAGCUUGUCACUGGCUAAAGCAAUCUGAUAUUGUCUCAUUCCCAGAGAUCAAUUUAAUGAAUAGUGAUUCUGAGCUUUACUCACAAUUAGCAAAGUAUCAACAGAUUCUUGAGCAGUUCCCUGAAUAUGAAAACCUUCUGUUGACAUUGCAACGAGAUGGCCAGGAGAUCUUACCAUCACUUAAUGAAAUGGAUCAUUCCUAUCUUGAUGAAAAACUUAAUGCCUUGCCUCAACAAUUUAAUACCAUCAUUGCUCUGGCCAAAGCCAAAUUCUGUAAAGCCCAAGAAGCAAUUUUGGCCCGUAAAGAAUAUUCAUCAUUAAUUGAAUUGACAACAAAGGCUCUAACUGAAUUGGAAGAUCAGCUUGUGGUCAUGCAUAAGACCCUUUCUGUUCUUUCAGCCAAAGAGGUUGUGUCACUCCAACAGGAUUACAAAAGUGUCCUAAGUGAAGUCAUGAACCUUGGUGCUGCAGUCGAUGAAUUAAACCAGAAGAAGGAAGCUUUUCGGAGCACUGGACAACCAUGGCAACCUGAAGAAAUGUUGCUGCUCAUCACUAUGUAUCACAAACUAAAAAGGCAGAUAGAACAGAAAGUGAAUCAGUUGGAAGAUAUGAUAGAGGCCUAUCAGGAGCAUGAGGAAAUGUGUAAGCAGUUUGAGAUACAUCUGAAUUCUGUAAAGGAAGAGCAAGGAAAAGUGAAUGAAGAAACACUGCCAGCAGAGGAAAAACUGAAAAUGUAUCAUUCCUUGGCUGGCAAUCUGCAAGAUGCAGGGAUCCUUUUGAAACGCAUUGCCGAACAUCUUGAGAUGCUAUCUCCCCAGCUUGAUCCACCUGCACAUGAUAGGGCAAAUCAUCAAGUACAAGCUUGGCAGGAGAUGCUGAAGACGUUGCACACUGCUGUUGGUGACAGCGUGACAGAAUGUGAAAACCGACUAGUGCAAAGCAUAGAUUUUCGAACUGAAAUCUGCCGCUCACUUGACUGGCUGAGACACAUUAAGGGAGAACUGAGUGACCCAUUGAGUUCUGAUUUAAAAUUGAAUAGUCUUCAAGAAGAAAUCCGUAUAGUGCAGAUCCAGCAGGAAGAAGUGCAGUCCAGUCUGAGGAUAAUGAGAGCGCUGAGCAGUAAAGAAAAGGAGAAGUACACGAAGGCCAAGGAGCUCAUACCUGCUGACUUAGAAAACAGCCUUACUGAGCUAUCAGUGCUUGGUGGUGAAGUCCAAGAAGCCAUACAUAACAGACAGGAUAAAUUAACUAAACUAUAUAGUCUGUGCCAAAGAUACUACCAGGUUGCUCAGACAGCUGGUGACUGGCUUGAAGAUGCCCAGGAAUUGCUACAGUUAGCACGAAAUGGCCUUGAUAUGGAGAAUUCAGAGGAAAACCUGAGGAACCAUAUAGAUUUUUUUAGCACUGAAAAACAAUUUCGAGAUAAUCUGGAAGAACUUCGGAUGCUCAUCUCUGACAUUGAGCCAUUUAUUCAAGCCACAGUAAAAGAGUUGUUACAGAAUGUAGCGACUUUAGAAGAAAAGGGUAUGGGAUCGGAACAAGAAGCACAAUCUCAAAAAGAGUUACUACAAAGGUGUGCUUCCCAGUGGCAAGAGUAUCAGACUGCAAGGCAACAAGUCAUUGACAUGAUGAAUGAGUCGGAGAAGAAAUUAUCUGAAUUUUCUGUAGCUAAAGCUUCUUCUCGUCUUGAAGCAGAAGAAAAAUUAGUAUUGCAUAAGUCAUUGGUGUCUGUAGUGAACUCUUUCCAUGAAAAGAUCACUUCACUGGAGGAGAAGGCAUGCCAGUUGGAGAAAAUAGGUAAUGAGGCCAGCAAGGCUACCAUAAGUAGGUCCAUGACAACUGUCUGGCAGCGGUGGACAAGGCUCCGGAGUGUUUCCCAAGAGCAAGAGAAAAUUUUGGAAGAAUCAGUGCAGAAGUGGAAUGUAUUUAGUAAUAAGAUGCAAAAAGCAACUGAUACUCUAGAUCAGUUGCAGGGUCGCUUACCCAACAGCUCAGUGGAGAAAGCCUCAAAAAAUGAACUUCUGGAUCUUCUGGAUUAUCAUAGUAAUUUCAUUCUGGAACUGGAACAGCAGCUGUCAUCUCUGGGCCUGCUCAAGCAACAUGCUUUUAGCAUGCUCCGGGACACUGAAAUGGCAUCUGCCUCUCAGGAACAAAUGCCCGUCAUGCAAGAAAUCAAAGCAAUGCAAGACAGAUGCCAUAACAUGCAGCAAAAAGUGAAAAGUAGUGAGAAAGUGGUUAAACAAGAACUGAAGGAGCGUGAACAAGUUGAAAGAGAGAUUAACAAAGUGAAGUCUUGGAUUCAAGAAGCCAGAGAGUAUUUAUUAAAUCCCACAAUAGAAGUAGAUGCUCAGCUGGAGGACCUACAGGCCCUCCUCAGUGAAGCAACUAUUCAUCGUCAAGCUGUUGAGAAAAUGGCUGAACAGCAGCAAAAUAAAUAUUUGGGACUUUAUACCAUCUUACCUUCUGAGCUUUCUCUUCAGUUAGCAGAAGUGGGUUUGGCACUUGUUAAUAUACAUGAACAGAUUCAAGCCAAAGAAAAAGAAGCUCAGCAGAGCAAAACAUUAAAUCAAGAAUUUGGUCAAAAAAUUCAGGAGAUAGCAAAAGAACUCAAUUUAAUUCUAUUGAAGCUGAAAGAGAAGUCAAAUAAUAUAACACAAGCUAAGAUGGAUCAAAGGGUCCUGGGUGAGGAAUUAGAUAGCUGUAACAUAAAACUGGUGGAACUAGAUGCAGCUAUCCAGGACUUUGCAGAACAGAAUCCUCAGCUGGCUAAACAGCUUGUGGGCAAGAUAAGCAAACUGACAGACCUCCACCAGCAAACGUUUAGACAGGCUGAGUACAGGGCAUCAAAGCUCAAGCAGGCUGCUUCUUACUUAGAUGAAUAUAAUGAGAUGCUUGAAUUCAUACUGAAAUGGAUUGAAAAAGCUAAAAUCCUGAUACAUAGCAAUAUCACAUGGAAUUCUGCCAAUCAGCUUCAUGAUCAAUACAUGUCUCAUCAGGCCAUGCUUGAAGAGUCUGGUGAGAUCCAUGGGGAUCUUGAGGCCAUGAAUGAGAAGAUAGAAUACCUGGCAAGUGUAUACACCACUGAAAGGAUGUCUCAGCAAGUGUCAGAACUUGGACGACAGACUGAGGAGUUACAGCAAGUGAUCAAACAGCGACUACAGAAUGUUCAUGAUGCAGCCAAGGAUAUGAAGAAAUUUGAAACUGAGGUAAAGGCUCUUCAAACAGCUUUAGAGCAAGCCCAAGCCACUCUGACAUCUUCAAAGAUUGGCCGUUUGAGUCUGAAAGAACAACUUUCUCACCGACAGCAUUUGCUAUCUGAAAUGGAGUCGCUGAAGCCAAAGGUUCAUGCAGUGCAGGUCUGUCAAAGUGCUUUACGCAUACCUGAAGAAGUGGUCACCACUUUACCAAUAUGUCACACUGCCCUCAGGCUGCAGGAUGAUGCCAGUCAUCUACAGCACACAGCCAUCCAGCAAUGCAACAUAAUGCAGGAAGCAGUGGUACAAUAUGAGCAAUAUGAACAAGAGAUGAAACAUUUACAGCAACUGAUAGAUAGAGCUCAUCAUGAGAUCCAGGACAAACCCGUUGCAACAAGUAACAUCCAGGAAUUGCAAGCCCAGAUUUCACGUCAUGAGGAGCUGGCACAGAAGAUCAAAGGCUACCAGGAGCAGAUAUCAUCCCUGAAUUCUAAGUGCAAGAUGCUAACAAUGAAAGCCAAGCAUGCCACUAUGCUUCUAACAGUGACAGAAGUGGAAGGACUUUCAGAGGGAAUGGAAGAGCUGGAUUCAGAUGAUCUCCUAUCGACACAUUCAACACACCCUUCUGUGGUUAUGAUGACUGCUGGUCGCUGUCACACACUUCUGUCACCUGUUACUGAGGAGUCUGGGGAAGAGGGAACCAACAGUGAGAUUUCUUCUCCACCUGCCUGUCGCUCUCCUUCACCUGUGGCUAACACAGAUGCUUCUGUUAACCAGGACAUUGCUUAUUACCAAGCCUUAUCUGCUGAACAGUUGCAGACAGAAGCUUCCAAGAUUCAGCCCAGCACCUCUUCGACCCAGGAGCCCUCUGAGCCAAGAUUAGAGACAACCACCAGUGCCAAGCUGGAUGAUUUGCAGCGUUCUUGGGAAACACUGAAGAAUGUAAUUAGUGAAAAGCAGCGCACACUCUAUGAGGCCCUUGAACGUCAGCAGAAGUACCAAGACUCCCUCCAAUCCAUAUCCACAAAAAUGGAAGCCAUUGAGAUUAAAUUAAAUGAGAGUCUGGAGAUCGGCAAAAGUCCAGAGAGCCAGAUGGCAGAACAUCAGGCUUUGAUGGAUGAAAUUCUGAUGCUUCAGGAUGAAAUUAGUGAACUACAAACAUCUUUAGCAGAAGAGUUGGUGUCUGAACCACUGGACACAGAUGCUGCUGACCAGUUGGCUCUACAAUCCACACUCACUGUCCUGGCAGAGAGGAUGGCCACUAUUAAGAUGAAAGCUUCAGGAAAACGGCAGCUGCUUGAGGAGAAGCUCAAUGAGCAAAUAGAAGAACAGCGGCAAGAGCAAGCUUUGCAAAGAUAUCUCUGCGAAGCAGAUGAACUUGACCACUGGCUCCUGAAUACAAAAGCUACAUUAGACACCACAUUGGUCACUGCUGAGGAACCGAUGGACAUGGAUUUGCAGUUGGUUGAUUGCCAGAACAUGCUUGUCGAAAUUGAGCAGAAGGUGGUGGCUUUGUCUGAGCUGUCGGUACACAAUGAAAACCUUCUCAUGGAAGGAAAAGCCCAUACCAAAGAUGAGGCCGAGCAACUGGCAGUAAAGCUCAGGACACUAAAGGGAAGCCUUCUGGAGUUGCAGAGAGUCCUCCACGACAAGCAGAUCAACAUACAACAGGGAGCUUUACAGGAAAAGGAGGAGUGUGAAGCAGAUCUGGUUACCUCUCAAAGUCCUAGUGUUCAAGAAUGGUUGGCACUGGCACGAACAACCCGUGCACAGCAACAGCAAAGCAGCCUGCAAAGACAGAAAGAGCUAGAGAAAGAGCUCACAGAACAAAAGAAUUUGCUCCGCUCCGUGGCAAGCCGUGGAGAGGAAAUUCUAACCCAGCACUCUGCUCCUGAUCAUCUUUGUCCUAGCAAGAAGCCAGAUGUACUAUCUCAAGAGCUGGGCUUAGAAGGAGAGAAACCAUCAGCUGAAGAUCAAAUGAAAAUGAAGUGGGAAAGCCUUAAUCAAGAAUUCAUUAUUAAGCAUAAAUUAUUGCAGAAUGCUCUGGAACAAGAACAGGAGCAACCACUUUACAGUAGACCAAACAGACUUAUGUCUGGGAUGCAACUGUACAAAGGAGAAGGACAGGCACAAGAUAAAUCAUCAGUCAAAUCUUUAUUGGUUGUCUUGAAUGAAGCUUUUGAAGAAGUUGCUUUGCAGACUCCAGGUGCAGAGAAGGAGAGCCUGCACUUUGAACAGAAGCUGUACAAUGGUGUUUCUGCAACCUCUUCCUGGCUAGAUGGUGUUGAAGAGCAUCUGUUUGUUGCCACAGCCCUAUUACCAGAAGUGACUGAAACUUGCCUCUAUAAUCAGGAGGCUCUUGCAAAAGAUAUCAAGGAGAUGACAGAAAAAAUUGAUACCAACAAAAAUUUAUUUUGUCAAAUGUUUCCUGAGAAGGCUGAUAACAGAGAUGUUAUAGACAACACCUUGGAUUGUUUGCUGAGGAGAUUAGUAUUGCUGGAGACCCUGGUAAACCAAAGGUGCCAACAGAUGAAGGAGAGACUUCAGCAUAUACUGAGUUUUCAGAAUGACCUGAAGCUAAUGUUUACAUCACUGGCUGAUAACAAGUAUAUUGCCCUGCAGAAACUAGCUGAAGCAGUUGAACAACCUGAAACAGAACAAAUGCAGGCUAUUCAACAAGCAGAAGAUGGACUGAAAGAGUUAGAUGCAGGAAUCAGUGAAUUAAAGAAACGGGGAGAUAAACUGCAGAUAGACCAACCUUCUAUGCAAGAGUUAUCUAAACUCCAGGAUAUGUAUGAUGAGCUGAUAAUGAUCAUAGGAUCCCGGCGCAGUAGAUUAAACCAGAAUUUGGCACUGAAGGGUCAGUAUGAGCAAGCUUUACAGGAUUUGGCCGACCUCAUUGAAACUGGAAAAGAGAAGAUGGCAGUUGAUCAAAAAAUUAUUGUUUCCUCCAAAGAGGAAGUACAACUGCUUCUUGAGAAGCACAAGGAGUAUUUCCAGGGACUGGAGUCACACAUGAUCUUGACAGAAACACUAUUCAGGAAGAUAAGCAGCUUUGCUCUUGUAAGAGAAACUCAGUCCCAUAUAGAACUGAUGGGACAAGCCUCUUCUGUGUUAAAACAGGCUCAUAAGAGGGGAGUGGAGCUGGAAUAUAUUUUAGAGACCUGGACACAUCUAGAUGAGGAUUAUCAGGAGCUCACAAGGCAGCUGGAGACUGUUGAAACUAGCAUUCCUAGUAUCUGUUUGGUAGAGGAGUCUGAAGAAAGACUUGCAGAUAGGAUUGCACUUUAUCAGCAUCUGAAAUCUAGCCUUGCUGAAUACCAGCCCAAACUUUAUCAAGUAUUGGAUGAUGGGAAAAGACUACUGUUCUGCAUUACCUGUACAGAAUUGGAAAUGCAGCUAAACCAGCUAGGGGAGCAUUGGUUAAAUAAUACCAGCAAAGUUACCAAAGAACUUCAUCGGCUGGAGACAAUACUUAAACAUUGGACAAGAUAUCAAAGUGAGUCAGCUGAGCUGAUUCAUUGGCUUCAGUCAGCAAUGGAUCGCCUGGAGUUCUGGACACAGCAAUCAGUAACAGUCCCUCAGGAACUGGAAAUGGUCAGAGAUCAUCUCAAUGCCUUUUUAGAAUUUUCAAAAGAGGUUGAUGCCAGGUCAUGCCAGAAGUCUGCUGUUUUGAGCACCGGAAAUCAACUCCUCAGACUGAAAAAAGUGGAUACUGCAGCUUUGCGAGCAGGCCUAUCUCAGAUUGAUAACCAGUGGACAGAGCUGCUCACACAAAUUCCUAUUGUACAAGAAAAACUGCAUCAGCUUCAAAUGGACAAGCUUCCUUCUCGCCAUGCCAUCACAGAGGUCAUGAGUUGGAUUUCAUUAAUGGAAAACAUAAUUUCUGACGAUGAGGAAAACAUUAAAAAUGUUGUGGGACAUAAAGUUAUUCAAGAUUAUCUUCAAAAAUAUAAGGGUUUUAAGAUUGAUGUAAACUGUAAACAGUUAACUGUGGACUUUGUUAACCAAUCAGUACUACAAAUUAGCAGUCAAGAUGUGGAGAGUAAACGCAGUGACAAGACUGACUUUGCAGAACAACUUGGAGUGAUGAACAGGCGUUGGCAGGUCCUGCAGGGUCUGAUAACAGAGAAGAUUCAGUUGUUGGAAGGUUUUCUGGAAUCUUGGACAGAAUAUGAAAAUAAUGUUCAAAGCCUGACCACUUGGUUUGAAACUCAAGAGAAGAGAUUGAAGAAACAACAGAGAAUUGGAGACCAGGCUUCAGUCCAGAACAUCUUAAAAGACUGUCAGGAACUGGAAGAGCAAAUAAAAGCAAAGGAAAAGGAAGUUGAAAAAGUAGAACAGAGUGGACUUUCUUUAAUACAAAAUAAGAAAGAAGAAGUUUCGGCUAUUGUCAUGAACACCCUUAAAAAAUUAAACCAUUCUUGGGCCAAUUUGGACCACAUGGUUGGCCAGCUGAAGAUAUUGUUGCAGUCUGUUCUUGAUCAGUGGAGCAUUUACAAAACAUCUUAUGAAGAACUGAAUAGCUACCUGAUGGAAGCCAGAUAUUCUCUGUCUCGCUUUCAUCUCCUUACAGGUUCUUUGGAAGCUGUGAAAGUCCAAGUAAAUAACCUUCAGAAUUUGCAGGAUGAACUGGAAAAACAAGAACAUAGUUUACAGAAAUUUGGAUCAGUUACCAAUCAACUAUUGAAAGAGUGUCACCCACCUGUUACAGAAACACUUAACAACACUUUGAAAGAAGUAAACAUGAGGUGGAACAACCUUCUCGAAGAGAUUGCUGAGCAGCUGCACUCCAGUAAGGGUUUGCUUCAGCUUUGGCAGAAGUACAAAAACUAUUACAUGCAGUGCUAUUCUACAGUUCAGCAGUAUGAGGACAGAACAAAUGAACUUUUGAGGACGGCAACCAACAAGGACAUUGCUGAUGAUGAAGUCACUGCUUGGAUUCAUGAUUGUAAUGAUCUACUUAAGGGCAUGCAGAUGGUGCAAGACUCUCUGUUUGUUCUGAAUGAACUGGGAGAACAGCUGAAGCAACAGGUGGACUCUUCCGCAGCAGCAACUAUCCAGUCUGGACAACUAACCUUAAGGCAGAAAUUGUCGUCUUCAGAACAGGCUCUCAGUAGGCAGCAGUCUAUAUUACAGGCUGGAGUUCAAGAUUACCAGAAAUUUAGUAAAAACCUAGGAGGACUGGAGGACUGGAUAGCACAAGCUGAAGAAGUACUUAAAGUACAAGACCCAAGUCAUUCAUCUGACCUGUCUACGAUCCGAAACAGGAUGGAAGAACUUAAACGCCAGAUGUUAAAAUUCAGCAGCAUGGCACCAGACUUGGAUCGUUUAAAUGAGCUGGGAUAUAGGCUACCCCUGAAUGAUAAAGAAAUCAAAAGGAUGCAAAAUCUCAAUAGGCAUUGGUCCAUGAUCUCUUCACAGACCACAGAAAGAUUCAGUAAGCUACAGUCCUUCAUGCUACAGCAACAGACCUUCCUAGAAAAAUGUGAGUCUUGGAUGGAAUUUUUGGUUCAGACUGAGCAGAAGCUGGCUGCAGAAAUAUCAGGAAACUAUCAGCUUCUUUUGGAACAGCACAGGGCACACGAGCUAUUCCAAGCAGAGAUGUUUAGUCGCCAGCAGAUUUUACAUUCCAUUAUCAUGGAUGGUCAGCAUCUUCUGGAGCAAGGACAGGUGGAUGACAGAGAUGAAUUUAAUCUGAAACUGACCAUGCUCAGUAAUCAAUGGCAGGGGGUGAUUCGCAGAGCCCAGCAGAGAAAGGGUAUCAUUGACAGUCAGAUCCUCCAAUGGCAACGCUACAGAGAGAUGGCAGAGAAAUUGCGAAAGUGGCUGGUGGAAGUGUCUUGUCAGACUGCGAGUGGUCUGGGUCAUGUUCCCAUCCCACUGCAGCAAGCUAGAGCACUGCUGGAUGAAUUGCAGCUUAAAGAGAAAAUCCUCCUUCGUCAACAAGGAAGCUACAUUUUAACAGUAGAAGGUGGGAAACAACUAUUGCUCUGUGCUGAUGGUGAGGCAGAAACUGCCCUACAGACAGAACUUUCAGAAAUCCAGGAGCGCUGGAAAUUAUCCAGCCUCCGACUUGAGGAACAGAAGAAGCAACUUACAUACUUGCUAAAAGAUUGGGAAAAAUGUGAAAGAGGCAUAUCGGAUUCCUUGGGAAAGCUAAAAUCCUUCAAGAAGCAGCUCUCCCAACCAUUGCCAGAGCAUCAUGAUGAACUCCACACAGAACAAAUUCGUUGCAAGGAACUAGAGAGUGCUGCUGAGGGGUGGACAGAUGAUCUUGCCCACCUGAUUUUGUUGAAGGAGACCCUGUCAAUGUGUAUCAGUGCAGAUGACAUCUCAGUUCUCAGUGAGCGCAUCGAGCUUCUGCAUAGACAGUGGGAAGAGCUCUGUCACCAGGUUUCCUUGAGGCGGCAGCAGGUGAGUGAACGACUGAAUGAGUGGGCAGUAUUCAGUGAGAAGAACAAAGAGCUCUGUGAAUGGUUGACACAAAUGGAGAGUAAAGUUUCCCAGAAUGGAGAUAUCCUCAUUGAGGAAAUGAUAGAAAAACUCAAAAAGGAUUAUCAAGAUGAAAUUGCAGUUGCCCAAGAGAAUAAAAUCCAGCUCCAGCAGAUGGGAGAGCGACUUGCUAAAGCAAGCCAUGAAAGCAAAGCUUUGGAGAUUGAGUAUAAACUUGGCAAGGUCAAUGACAGGUGGCAGCAUCUUCUAGAUCUCAUUGCAGCCAGGAUGAAGAAACUGAAGGAAACCCUGGUUGCAGUCCAGCAGCUGGAUAAGAACAUGAACAUCCUGAGAGCUUGGCUUGCUCACAUUGAAUCAGAGCUGUCCAAACCCAUUGUCUAUGAAACCUGUGACUCCGAGGAGAUUCAAAGGAAACUAAAUGAGCAGCAGGAUCUGCAAAGGGACAUAGAGAAGCAUAGCACUGGGGUUGCAUCUGUACUCAACCUUUGUGAAGUCCUUCUGCAUGACUGUGAUGCUUGUGCCACUGAAACGGAAUGUGACUCCAUCCAGCAGGCCACACGGAACCUGGACCGAAGGUGGCGAAACAUCUGUGCUAUGUCAAUGGAAAGGCGACUCAAGAUUGAAGAGACAUGGAGACUGUGGCAAAAGUUCCUGGAUGACUAUUCCCGCUUUGAAGAUUGGCUGAAAAUUUCUGAAAGGACAGCUGCUUUUCCUAGUUCUUCUGGUGUGCUGUUUACAGUUGCUAAGGAAGAACUAAAGAAAUUUGAGGCUUUUCAGCGGCAAGUGCAUGAAAGUCUAACUCAACUGGAACUGAUUAACAAACAGUACCGUCGCUUGGCCCGAGAGAACCGCACGGACUCUGCUUGCAGUCUCAAGCAGAUGGUACAUGAAGGAAACCAGAGAUGGGACAACUUGCAAAAGCGAGUCACCUCCAUCCUCCGCAGACUUAAACAUUUCAUUGGCCAACGUGAGGAGUUCGAAACAGCACGUGACAACAUUCUGGUCUGGCUAACAGAGAUGGAUCUACAGUUGACAAACAUUGAACACUUCUCAGAGUGUGAUGUUCAAGCAAAGAUAAAGCAACUCAAGGCCUUUCAGCAAGAAAUCUCAUUGAACAACAACAAAAUUGAGCAGAUCAUUGCCCAGGGUGAGCAGCUCAUUGAGAAAAGUGAACCCCUAGACGCAGCUGUCAUUGAAGAAGAACUCGAUGAGCUUCGGAGAUACUGCCAGGAAGUCUUUGGCCGAGUGGAACGGUACCACAAAAAACUAAUCCGCCUCCCACUUACAGAUGAUGAGCAUGAGCUCUCUGAUCAUGAAGUGGAUCUGGAUGAAUCGGCAGAUCUUUCUGACAUACACUGGCAUGACAAAUCCGCAGACAGCAUUCUCUCCCCACAUCCUUCCUCCAACCUCUCACUGUCCCUUCCCCAACCUCUCCGAAGCGAAAGGUCAGGACGGGAUACUCCUGCUAGUGUAGAUUCCAUCCCUUUGGAAUGGGAUCAUGACUAUGAUCUGAGCCGUGACCUGGAGACAGCAGUUUCAAGAGCACUACAUUCGGAAGAAGAGGGUCAAGAAGACAAAGAUUUUUAUCUUAGAGGAGCAGCAAGCCUAUCAGAUGUAGAGAUCCCUGAAACCCCUGAGGCCUAUGUAAAACUUACUGAAAAUGCACUAAGAAAUAUCUAUGGAGAACCAAGUUCAUUAGAAACACACAUCCGGCAGCUUGACAAGGCCUUAGACACCAGCCGUUUCCAAAUACAGCAAACAGAGAACAUCAUUCGCAGUAAAACGCCAACAGGACCAGAGCUAGAUUCCAGCUACAAAGGAUAUAUGAAGCUUCUGGGUGAGUGCAGUGGGAGUAUAGACUCUGUAAGGAGGCUUGAGCACAAACUGAAAGAAGAAGAGGAAAAACUGUCUGGAUUUAUUAACCUGAACAGCACAGAGACACAAACAGCUGGUGUGAUUGAUCGAUGGGAGUUAAUCCAGGCUCAGGCCUUAAGUAAGGAACUGAGGAUGAAGCAAAACCUUCAGCAGUGGCAGCAGUUCAGCUCUGACCUAAAUAACAUCUGGGUCUGGCUGGGAGAAACUGAAGAGGAGCUGGAACAACGGUGCUGCAUUGAUCUCAGCACAGACAUUCAGACCAUUGAGCUCCGGAUUAAGAAACUGAAAGAGCUGCAGAAGGCUGUUGAUAACCGCAAAGCGAUAAUCUUAUCCAUCAACCUGUGCAGCUCGGAAUUCAUGCAGACUGACAGUGAAGAAAACAAGAAGUUACAAGAACAGCUGUCUCAGAUGAACAUGCGCUGGGACCAUGUCUGCACCAUGCUAGAAGACUGGCGCUCUUCACUACAGAAUGCUCUAAUGCAAUGUCAGGAUUUCCAUGAGAUGAGCCAGGGUUUGUUGCUGUGGCUGGAGAACAUUGAUCGGAGGAAAAAUGAGAUCCUGCCUAUCAAUCCAAAUCUGGAUCCUGACACACUUCAAGAUCAUCACAGACUGCUAAUGCAAAUCCGACGUGAACUGCUAGAAUCUCAGCUGAAAGUGGCAUCUCUUCAAGACAUGUCCUGCCAACUACUCGUCAAUGCUGAAGGCAAAGACUGUCUAGAAGCCAAAGAAAAGGUCCAUGUCAUUGGAAACAGACUUAAAAUCCUCCUAAAAGAGGUCACACAUCACAUUAAGGACCUAGAGAAAAUCCUAGAUAUUUCAAGCAGUCAGCUGGAUUUGUCCUCUUGGUCAUCGGCUGAUGAACUGGACACUUCAGGAUCGCUCAGUCCCAUAUCUGGAAGGAGUACUCCAAGCAGACAGAGAACGCCACGAGGCAAAUGUAGUGUCUCACAGCCUGGACCCUCUGUCAGCAGUCCACAUAGCAGGUCCACAAGAGGUGGCUCAGAUUCCUCCCAUUCUGAGGACCAUCCCACCCAAUGGAGGCAGCAAUGCUUCUUCCUCAGAGUACUCAGAGCUGCUCUCCCACUUCAGCUCCUCUUACUGCUCUUGAUUGGUCUUGCCUGCCUUGUGCCAAUGACAGAGGAAGACUACAGCUGUGCCCUGUCCAAUAACUUUGCACGCUCUUUUCAUCCCAUGCUAAGAUAUACUAAUGGCCCACCACCUUUAUGAAGCAGCUUUAAACAUGACAGGGAAGUGAGGCAAUGCCGGUCCAGCUAAGUGCAGUAGCUCCCCAUUGACCUCUGUGCCUGCAGAAGUAAGUCUACAUGGUUAAAUGUUUAUCCAUACUAAAGUGUGCCAUGUGAGGAAUAUCAUUUAAAAUUCACAUCUCUGGCACUAAAAAUGGUAUGAAAUAAGUGAUGGGCCAACAUUCUGAAUUUUCCAGCUGCUUUCAUAAUUUGGUUCUGGACACUGUUCUCUGCAUAGCCAAAGACUUCAGACUGAAGGAGGACCUUUCCUGUGUGCUGCUCAUAAUGAACUGUUACCCAGUCUUUCAUUAUCUACCGUAUUGGUAUUAUUUUACAGUUUGUGUGUGUGUUUGUGUGUACACACGCCAAACUGUGCUAAAGAUAUUUUAGACUAUUGUAUCAAACUUUUAAAGAGCUUGUAAGACAGUGUAUUGCCCCGCCCCCUUUUGUGGGGUUUUGGGUGGGGCAUGAUAUUCUAAACUUUGCUUUGAAUGCACAAGCUGUAAAUCUGAAUGGCACUUUUUAUAAUUAAAGAAAGAAAGUAAUGGAUGUAAUAAAUGAGAUCCUGGAAGACUUUACAAACAAAUCAUGAACGUUAAGUGUUAAAAAGUGGGGGGGAAGGGGAUAUGUAUGUACAGUUUGCUAAAAUUAGUUUUGUUGUAUUGAUUUAUUGUUUUAAAAACUUGAAAUACUUUGUAUAUAUGCUUUUUAAAAAUUAUUUUGGAGCAAUAUAUCAGCAGAAUGGAAAUGCCAGCUCUCUCUCACAUACGCACACAUUCACAUGUGUAACAGUUCUAACAAUAACAAUAAAGACCACGGCAUAAAUGA